CAUCCGCCAUCCAUUCCCAUAGCCCUGCAACAAAGGCCAUGCUAUCGAUAGGAGGAGAUACAGGUUCUCCAGUACUCCCUAGUAUGAUGAGUUGCCAAGAUAAUCGUGCUGCAUUCAUCAAAUCAACGAUCAAUGUAUCCAGAAAUUACGGCUUUGAUGGCCUUGAUCUUGAUUGGGAAUUCCCUAUCAAAUCAGAAGACAUGCUCAAUCUAGCAUUGCUCCUCAAAGAAUGGCGCCUCGCCAUCAACAUAGAGUCACUAGCUUCCUCUAAGCCUGCACUAAUCUUGUCUGCUGCUGUUUACUUCUCUCCAAACCUUCUCUUAUCGGGUAUAACUUAUCCCACAGAAGCUCUAAGCAACUAUCUUGAUUUCUUGAGCCCUAUGUGCUAUAACUACCAAGGUUCUUGGGACACUUCAGCAACUGGUGCUCCAGCCUUGUUGUAUGAUAAGUCUAGCAAUAUUAGCACGAGCUACGGAAUUUCAGCCUGGAAACAAAAUGGGGUUCCUUCAACAAAGUUAGUCAUGGGAAUUCCCUUAUAUGGAAAUACAUGGGAAUUGAAGGAUCCAAAUGAUCACGGAAUCGGAGCUCCUGCAGUAGGAGUUGGUCCUGGAAGUCACGGAGAAAUGUCGUAUGAUGAUAUAGUAACAUUCAAUUCAGAAAACAAUGCAUCUGUAGUAUACAAUAAUGAAACAGUUUCAACAUAUUCAUAUUCUGGAACAAAUUGGAUUGGAUAUGACGAUACGAACUCCAUCAGCGCCAAGAUCAAGUAUGCUAAGGCUCAGGGUCUUGGUGGUUACUUUUUUUGGGCACUUGGCUCUGACAGCAACUGGACUCUUUCAAGAACAGCUUCUAUGGCAUGGGAUCAUGAUGAAAGCUGA